AUGGAGUUGGGAAAGGCAAAACUUCUAAGAACUGGCCUUAAUGCCUUGUAUCAGGCCAUACAUCCUGUGCAUGGAAUUGCCUGGACGGAUGGGAAGCAAGUGGCACUGACUGCUUUACAUUUUCAUCAUGGAGAACUCAAGUUUGGUGACUCAAGUGUAAUUGGUCAAUUUGAACAUGUUCAUGGACUUUACUGGGGCUCAGGUAUUGCUGCAGACACACCAGCUCUGCUUGCUGUUCAGCAUAAAAAACAUGUCACUGUUUGGCAGCUGAGCUAUAACAUUUUGGAAAAGAAAAAGCUCCUCGUUUCUCAGACUUGUGAAAUGGGUGACCCAUUCCCAAUGCUUCCCCAGGGCUGUGUAUGGCAUCCCAAAAAGGAUAUUUUGGCUGUGCUUACUAAACGGGACGCCUCAGUUUUACACGCUGUUCGUUCUGAUAACUCCAGGGUGAAAGCGGAUAUCAAAAGCAGUGGUCUCAUCCACUGUGCUUGCUGGACUAAAGAUGGUAAUCGCUUAGUGGUUGCUAUAGGCAGUGCCCUUCAUUCCUACAUAUGGGAUGACACUCAGAAAGCUUUAAAUGCUUGCUUCUUUUGCCCAAUAUUUGAUGUGGGUGGUUAUAUCUGUGCUAUAGAAGCUACUUUAGAUUUCCAAAUUGCUGUAGCCACAGAGCUUCCAUUAGAUAAGAUCUGUGGCUUAAAUGCAGGCAUUACUUUUGAUGUGCCAUCUGGUACUGAAACAGGCUCUUUAACUUCACAGUCUACUCUGGCGCUUGGGGAUGAGGAAUACUCGACGGACCUAAGAAGAAAAUCAAUAGAUUCAGAAAAAUCUGUGGCUGUUGCUUCAGUAGCUUCUUCUUCAUCAGGUCCUGUGGAUUUGACCCAUAUCCUUGCAAACCAUCGGAGAUCUGAUCCCAGUCCUCUCAUUCCUCUGAGACGCAAGGACUAUGUCCCAGGAAACAAUCAAGACUCUUCAUACCUGAUCUUGGUGACUUUUGAGAGAAAGGUAACGACCACCCGAAAAGUCAGCAUUCCAGGCAUUCUGGUCCCUGAUAUAAUAGCUUUUGACCCUAGAGCUCAGAUUGUGGCAGUAGCUUCCAAUACUUGUAACAUUGUUUUGGUUUAUUCGGUAACCUCUUCCUGCAUGCCCAAUAUUCAACAAAUCCAAUUGGAGAAAAGUGAAAGACCGAAGGGUUUGUGCUUCUUGACAGAUAAACUCUUGUUGAUUUUGAUUGGAAAGCAGAAAUUCAUUGACCCUGCUCUCAUUCCAUCUUCAAGUUCAGAAAGGUACAUUAUUCGUUUAAUGAUCAAAGAAUUAAUAUUUGAAGAAGAUUUUUCAGCGCCGUCGGAUGCCACCCAGAAUCUGCUUUCUAAUUUUGAAUCCUCCAUAAAUACUUUUGGAAAACGGAAGUUCUUUGAAAAUCUUGCCAUGGAAGAUCAACCCUUGAGCAGGGAGCUGUUAAUACCAGGUAGCACUAUAAUUCAAUCCCCUAGUGGCAGGAGAAGACUUAUAAAAGAAGUGAAGAGUCCCAGUUACGAACGAAGCUCAUCAUCAAGUGUGAGUGACCUUGAUGAAAAAAGGGUCUCCGGUGACCCAUCCAUUGCUUUGGAAACGUUGGAUGCUGAGCCAAUUAAUCGGUCAGUGGCCCUCUUUGGACUUGGUACACCAACCAAGUUUUCCAACAGACCAGCUUCUCCUAAAGUGCAGCUGGAUGUGUUUCAAGAAAUUUCUGUUUCUCCUAAAAAUAACAACUUGCCAAGUGAAAAAGGAACAAGUCACAUAUCCAGGAAUCUGGAAAGACUGUGUGGCAGCUUCACUGAGUUACAGCUGCACCUUUCUGAACUAACGGACUCCACUAAAAAUGGAAAGAGGUUAUCUCUAGCAUACCCAUCUUUUCAGGAGCCACCUUUUGUCCACAUCACUUAUCAGAAGUAUUUCUCAAAUGGAGCUGUUGCUGAGGAAACAAGAACUGUUCUCCUUUGUGACGGCAAGAUCCAUCUGAAUUUAGUCCAGCAGCUUUUUGAUCUACCCAUUAUUGAAAUGAAACAUGGUUCUUCCUGGAUUGUUCUCACUGCAGACAGCGAAGGCUUUGUUCCAUUAAUGUUCAAAGCAAAGCAAGAGCUAAUCAUAAGGGAUGGAAGUGACAGUUCAGAAGUCUGUGGAAGUCACUCCUGCAAAAACACCAUGUCUAUACAACCACCAAGCAGUGUGACAUAA